GGAUAUCGGAACCUUCCUUUGAGGCAAAAUGUGAGGACCGUUUGUUUAAGAACUUGUUUCAAGAUUAUGAGAGAUGGGUCCGACCGGUGAAACACCUGCAUGACAAGAUAAACAUUAAGUUUGGCCUUGCAAUCUCUCAGUUGGUGGAUGUGGAUGAGAAGAAUCAGUUAAUGACCACAAAUGUGUGGCUAAAACAGGAAUGGGUUGAUGUAAAAUUAAGAUGGAACCCUGAUGACUAUGCCGGAAUCAAAGCUAUACGUGUCCCCUCAGACUCCAUCUGGACUCCAGACAUAGUACUGUUUGACAA